UGGAACCCUGCAGAAAAUCCAAUGGAAGCAAAGAAUCUGAUACGCAAGUCACUUCAGCCGGCAAGACCGAUCCGUCAUGGAAUUCCUGGAAAAGAAUGGAAUCCCAUGCAAAAUGGUCAAGUGGAAAUUCAGAGUCUGAUACGCAAGUCGCUUCAGCCGACAAGAUCUAUUCCGCAUGGAGCUCUUGAAAACGCACCAGCCUUUGUGAUUAAUUUCUGGGCUGAAUAUGCAGACUGCUUUUUUGAAGAUACACAAAAUACGUUUGACUUGUGGCGCUCAGCUGACAACAUACAUGAUAUGUUCAAAGAAUGUUGGCCUUCCCAUUCAUUGGAACGAUCAACACCUCAAAAGAAAAAAUAUAGAAUUACAUAUUCCAGAGAUGCUCUCAUUCACCUCUCUAGCCUGUCGAUAUCCAGACAGAAACCAGAAUACUUACCGGAUCACCCAGUCGUUCUACAAAACCCACGCCGAUCGCAUGACAACAUACGUGAUAUGUUAAAAGAUCGUUGGGCUCCCCAUCCAUUAGAACAACCAACACCUCAAAAGAAAAAAGAUAGAAUUACGUAUUCCCGAGAUGCUCUCAUUCAGCUCUCUAGCCUGUCGGUAUCCAGACAGAAACCAAAAUAUUUGCCGGACCACCCAGUCGUUCUACAAAAACCACGGAGCUCAGCUGACAACAUACACGAUAUGUUCAAAGAAUGUUCGGCUCCCUAUCGAUUUCAAAGACCGACACUUCAGAAGGAAAAAGGCUGUUAA